AAAAACACCGGUGUAAAAGACGGAAGCUGUGAAAUUUGACAGGCUUUGCUCAGCCACAUAAAGAUGAGCGUCCCAGACUACAUGCAGUGUGCAGAGGACCAUCAGAUGGUGCUUGUGGUGGUCCAGCCUGUGGGAAUUGUACCAGAAGACCAGUUCUUCAGGAUCUAUAAGCGCAUCGCCAACGUGACCCAGUUGAGCAUCAGGGACUCGCAGCGCUUCCUCUACAUUCGUUACCGCCACCACUACCUGCCUGAAAACAAUGAGUGGGGAGACUUCCAGACGCACCGCAAAGUGGUUGGGCUCAUCGCCAUCACGACCUGUGCCACGGCCAAGGAGUGGCCACAGACCGUGGAGCGCUUCCAUGGCCAGAAGGAGAUCUACGGCUCCACGCUAUAUGACUCACGUUUGUUCGUGUUUGGGCUUCAAGGGGAGAUUGCAGAGCAGCAGCGCACUGACGUAGCCUUUUACUCCAGCUUUGAUCAGUGUGCUGACGUGGAGAAGAGAGUUGAGGACUUUGUGGAGUCCAUAUUUAUUGUGUUGGAUUCUAAAAGGCUUGAUCGGGCCACAGAUAAAUCUGGUGACAAGAUCCCGCUGCUGUGUGUGCCCUUUGAGAAGAAGGACUUUGUUGGUUUGGACACGGACAGCAGGCAUUACAAGAAGCGCUGCCAGGGACGGAUGAGGAAGCAUGUUGGAGACUUGUGUCUCCAGGCAGGCAUGCUGCAGGAUGCCCUGGUCCACUACCACAUGGCAGUAGAGUUGCUCAGGGGGGUUAAUGACUUCCUCUGGCUGGGUGCUGCAUUAGAGGGUUUAUGUUCAGCCUCUGUCAUAUUCCACUACCCUGGAGGCACGGCAGGAAAAAUGGCAGGACGCAAGCAAAGCAUCUCCCAGCCAGCAGAUGCAGGGAAACGCCACAGACCAGGGGCACAGGAGGUUCUCAUUGACCCAGGUGCCCUCACAACCAACGGUAUUAGUGCAGACACCAGCACUGAGAUUGGACGAGCGAAGAACUGCUUGAGUCCUGAGGACAUUAUUGAGAAAUACAAAGAGGCUAUCUCAUACUAUGGAAAGUAUAAGAACGCAGGUGUGAUUGAGCUGGAGGCCUGUGUGAAAGCUGUCAGAGUGCUCGCCAUUCAGAAGAGGGCGAGGGAGGCCUCAGACUUUCUGCAGAAUGCUGUUUACAUCAACUUGGGUCAGCUGUCUGAGGAGGAGAAGAUCCAGCGCUACAGUAUCCUGUCAGAACUGUACGAACUCAUCGGAUUCCAUCGUAAGUCGGCUUUCUUCAAGCGUGUUGCAGCCAUGCAGUGUGUGGCUCCCACCAUCCCAGAGCCGGGCUGGAGGGCCUGCUACAAGCUGCUGCUGGAGACGUUACCUGGAUACAGUCUUUCCCUUGAUCCCAAGGACUUCAGCAAAGGGACACAUCGAGGCUGGGCUGCUGUUCAGAUGCGUCUCCUACAUGAACUGGUCUACGCGUCCCGUCGUAUGGGCAACCCGGGCCUGUCUGUUCGCCACCUGUCCUUCCUUCUUCAGACCAUGCUGGACUUCUUGUCUGAUCAAGAGAAGAAAGAAGUAACUCAGAGUCUGGACAACUACACCUCAAAGUGCCCCGGUGGAAUGGAGGUCAUCACACUUCCUGACGGCCUGAAGCUCCCUCCGGUGCCCUUCACAAAACUUCCCAUUGUUCGGUCGGUGACGCUCCUCCCUCUGCCUGUCAGUUUGCGCCCCCACAAAGUGAAAGGCCUGCUGGGACAGAGUAUGUCCACUGCCAGCCCUUUUAUAUACUCGCCAAUCAUCAUGCACAACAGAGAUGAACGCUGUAAGAAGAUAGAUUUCCAGUGGGUUCAAGGAGAUGUUUGUGAGGUGCAGCUAAUGGUCUACAACCCAAUGCCUUAUGAACUUCGUGUGGAGAACAUGGGUUUGCUGACAUCUGGAGUAGAAUUUGAAUCCCUCCCUGCGGCGCUGUCGCUGCCUGCAGAGUCUGGCCUGUACCCCGUCACUCUGGUCGGUGUCCCACGUACAGCUGGCAACAUCACUGUCAACGGUUACCACACGUCGGUGUUUGGCGUGACCAGUGAGUGUCUCCUUGAUAGCCUUCCGAUUGUGAAGACUGGGGGCUGUUUGGUGGAGGUGGUCCCGGCCCUUCCUCGUCUGCAGCUCAGCACCUCACUCCCCCGAUCGGCCCACACGCCACAGCCCAUGUCCAAAGAGGAGCUGUCCAGCGCUGUGUCCCUUCAGCUUUUCAACGGCGAAACCCAGCAGCUGAUGCUCACCUUGGCCAACAUUGGCUCAGAAGAUAUCGAGACGCUGGAGCUUACCUCUAAAGUUGUCAGCACAAAAGAAAAAGUGUUUGGAGAGUUUCUGAGCUGGGAGCUGGACAGCGUUUUGUCUCAGCUGCCUCUGAGGCCUGGUCAGUCUGUGACACUGACGCUCACUAUUAGAGUUAACCUGGACUUCUCUGGCCAGGAGAACCUGCUCCAGGACCUGAAUGACGAUGGGAUCAGUGUGACAGGUCUGCCAAUCUCCAGUCCGCUUCGCCAAGUCCUCAAACCCAGGUCUGAGAACAAGACUGUCAGCGGUGAAUCGGGCAAGACGGAGUACAGCCACAUUAAGUCUUUGGAAGCCGUGCUGAGCGUCAAGUACUCGGGAGGAGUCGGUAAAGUGGAGGGCUACUACAGGGAUCUGUCUCUGGGAGUCCGCGUGGACGUGGAGCCCUCCGUGUUCUUCACCAGGGUCAGCACCCUCCCCGCGACCAGCACCCGUCAGUGUCAUCUGCUGCUCGACAUCUUCAACCCAACAGAGCACGAGCUUACGGUCAGCGCCAAGAACAACCAGAACCUGGUGCUUCAUGCCAGCGAGUGUCAGAGGAUGGCCAUUCAGGUCGACAAGUUUGACUUUGAGACUCUGCCACAGCCUGAUCAGGAGAAAGUUCGCUUCACUAACCUGAAGCAGUUGGAGGAAGAGCGACAGCAUGUCCAGGGCUGCCGGAUCAACAGCAAGCUGGGCAUCUGUUGGAGCAUCCCAUCCCUGCAGCGAAGUGGUGAGGCCAGUGUGGAAGGAGUCCUGAACCAGCUCGUCCUGGAGCACCUGCAGCUGGCUCCUUUGCAGUGGGAUGUGUUGGUGAAUGAGAAGCCGUGCGACUGCGAUGUAAUUGCCGAAUGUAAAGUUGGUGACGCCGUGAACCUGGAGGUGAAACUGACCAAUCUCAGCAAGAGCUCUGUGGGCCCCUUGGCCCUGACUGUGGUGCCGUACCAGGACUACCAGAACGGAGUCCAGAAUUACGAUCUGGAGGAUGCCGUCACCUUCAUCGGCGCCAACACUUUCUACAUUGGCACGGUUCAACCCAAAGCCUGCGCCAUGUGCGUGGGCGCGCUGCUCUUCCUCUACACUGGGGACUUCUACCUCAACAUCAAGUUCCAGGAUGACAGCGCUGGACGAGAGCUUCCUUUAGCCUGGUUCACUCUGCCCAGCGUCCACAUCAGAGCUCUGGACACCCCGCUGCAGGCCGGAGCCUAGAGGCCGCGAACACGGACGCUCCAGAGGUUUUCUUGUUGUCUCUAAA